AUGGCUUCUCUUUCGAGAUCCGGAGGAUUCGCGGUUAAAGUUGUAAGUUUUUUGAAUGGGUGGUUUUGGCUAAUUUUGUAAAAUUAGGAAGAAAAUUCAAUUUGCCAUGAAAAUUGAGGAAAAACGGUUUUCUAACUGUGAAAAACUAUUAUGAAUUUGAAAAAAUGUUGGAAAAUUUGUGCUGAGAAGUUCAAAGUUUCGAAGAAGCAAGAUUUUCGCCAUUAUCACGGUUUUCAAGUUCGAAAAUGAGAUUUCGAUGAAUUUAAAUUUUUUGGAUUUAAACCUGUUUUCAAAAUGUUGAACAUUGUUCGAGAACUUCAUAACACUCUCAAAAUAAUCCACCUUUUCACUUUCUGUAAAUGAAGAGAAUACAUCCUUGCUCUGCGAGUUUUUUGGUAUUUUUCCCGAUUUUCCUGAAUUUUUCAAUUUCGCAUCGGGUGACUUUGGAAGUUUUUGGAUUUGAAGGAUUAGCUGAAACACGGUGAACAGCUAUGGCCUCUGAUACAGAAAUUUUAGAGAUUACUCAAUAAAAGUUGUUUGUUUCAAUAUAAAAAUCUUAGUUCUCAAGUUAAAUCCAAAUAUUUUCAGAUCACUGGUGCUCAACCACACACCAACUUUGUCGCUGUUUCUCCAGCCAGCACUGUCACCGCUGCUCGUGAAGUUCCAGCCGAAUUCACAACCGCUGAAGCUCGUCAAGAUGCUGUAAGCCGUGCAACAUCAGGAGUCUACGCCAGUGGAUUGGCUGUUAAGGGAAUUAAUGGUGAGUGAUUGAACAUUUGAUAUUGGAAAUUUCAAUUAGUUUCCUGGAGGAGAUAAUACAUUUUUUGGUAUUAUCUCCUCCAGUAAUCAAGUUGUGAUUACAUUUCAAUUCUAAGACACUAUUCCCGAAAAACUCAUUAAGUCUAUCUCAACCAAUUUUGUUAGUCUCAUUUUAAUAUAAUAAACUAAAAUCUAGAAAUGACCAAAAAUGUUCCUCUCUGACUAAAAUAGAACGAUCAGAUGAGAGACGUGUACCUUUUAUUAAAAACGUGAUCAUUCUUUUUACAUGAAAAAGUUUGAAAGAACGAAUCACCUACAUAGUCUCUGCAAAAAUGUUUCCAAUUAGUAUAUAGUAGAUAAAUUUCCGUGGUCUUGCGAACCCUAUCCAGAAAUUGAAAAAUAUUUAUUUUCUCAUAAAAGUUACAAAAAAUUUUUUUUUUCAGUGACAUCCCGCCGUUUCGCUCACACCGAUGUUUCAUUCCCGGAUUUCUCAGCUUAUCGUCGUGAUUCAACAAAGAAUCCACAAGUUCCAGCUCGCGAUACUGAAGAUCAACGUCGUGCUCUUUCAUCAGCUCUUUAUUAUGGAGCUGGAGGAGUUUUGUCGUUGUGGGCUGGAAAAGAAGUUGUUCAAACUCUUGUUGCUUACAAAGCAAUGGCUGCUGAUCAAAGAGCUUUGGCUUCGAUUGAAAUCAAUAUGAAUGAUAUUCCAGAAGGACAAACUAAAACUUAUGAAUGGCGUGGAAAGCCAGUUUUCGUUAAACAUAGAACCAAGAAGGAAAUUGCUGCGUGAGUUUGAGAAAUUUAUUCAAUCAUCGAUUUUUUCACAAAAAAUGUUUGUAUCUAUGCAAAAUAUCAAUUUCUCGGAUUCUCAGAAAAUUAAUUCAAAUUUUUUUAGCGAAAAGGCUGUCCCAGUCGCCGAUUUGCGUCAUCCACAACACGAUGACGAACGUGUCCAAAAAGAUGAAUGGUCUGUUGUUAUUGGAGUAUGCACCCAUCUUGGUUGUGUCCCAAUUGGUUAGUUAUUUUAAAUAGUUUUAAUUUUUAAAAUUCGAGGGCCGUUCUGAAAAUCUCGAUUUUUUUCAAUCUCAUGACUUUGGCCAAUUGGCAUAAAAUUGCAUUUAUCUCGAAAACUUUGAUUUAGAAUUUUUCUCAGUUUUUCAGAUUCAAAUCCAAAAAUUAAACAGAAAACAAAUCAAAAGUUAUCCUUCUUUUGAAUUCUUCACUUUUCAUAUUUUUUGUCUGAAAGUUCAAUUUUUCAGCUAACGCCGGAGACUUUGGAGGAUAUUAUUGUCCAUGUCACGGUUCUCACUACGAUGCUUCCGGAAGAAUCAGAAAGGUUGGUAUUUUCAAAUAAAAAUUUAAGAAAAAAAAUUGCAUCUUGCACCAAAAUUGAGAAAAAUAUUCUGGGUUUGAUGGAUUCCAAUUUCUUCUGUUCUAAAACCAUAAAAAUAAACUCGGAUAUACAAGUUCUGUAAAUGAAGAGAAUACAUCCUUGCUCUGCGAGUUUUUUGGUAUUUUUCCCAAUUUUUCUUGAAUUUUUCAAUUUCGCAUCGGGUGACUUUGAAGAUUUUUGAAAUUGAAGGAUUAGCUGAAACACGGUGAACAGCUAUGGCCUCUGAUACAGAAAAUUGAAUUAUUAUUCUGAAUUUCUCAUAAAAUAUAAAUUAAAAUAUCGAGACUUCUUGAAAUCAGAGUUCCAAUUUCAAAAAAUCAAAUUUUCUCCAAAGAUGUUUCAUUAAUGUUGAUUUUUAUACCAAACAAAGGAAGCGACUCCUGAAAAAAAACGUUUGUUUGACAACAUUUUUCAAACUGUCUUUUUGUUAUUUGAGAACUGGAUUUUUCCCAUAUUUUUCAAUGAAAAAUCGAUAUUUUUCUCUCAAUUUCUCUUUUACAAGUUAAGGUGAAACUGUAUAGUUUCGCACUUGUAGUUGGAAAGUUUUUUUUUUGAAAUGAAAAAAACUCCCUAAAAUGUAUUACUUUUUCUUAUAAUAAAAUAGAAUUAUUGUAAUUUUUCAUUCAAAAUAUUUUCAAUGAAAUAUGUUUUUCUAAUUUGUUUUUUCCAAACAAAAAUGUGUGUAUAGUAUAUUUUAAUGAAAAUAAUUCAGAAUAAAAAUUCCAUUUUUUUUCUUAUCAAAAGAAUUUUGAUAAUGUUUAUUUUAUUCCAGGGCCCAGCUCCAUUGAAUUUGCAUGUGCCAGCCUAUUCCUUCAAAGAUUCGACAAUUGUAAUUGGAUCGAGCUAG